CCUUCUCUCAAUUCAUUUCUGCCCACUUCCUCUUUCCUCCAAGUCUGUCGACAAUGGUGGCUGCAGGUCCAAUGUGCCAAUGCACAGUACUGGCGGUUCUUCGGAUUUCAUGGACCGAUGGCAACCCCGGAAGAUGGUUCUUCGGUUGCACCAAUUACAGGGGUGCAAAUGCAUGUAAUUAUUUUCGUUGGAUUGAUCCACCACUUGAAGAUAUUAUUAAGCGCCUUGUUCUUACCUUGCACAAGAGAAUCCGAGAGGUGGAGAGGAGGAACGAUCGCAGCUCAUUUGUCUGAGAAAUCAGCAAAGGUUUUUUUUUUAUUGUGGUUGGAGCUCUUUUGGCAAAGAGUGGGAUGGAUUCCCUGUUUGGAAACAAGUAAUUAAGUGGAACCUGUUGUGGAUUAUGUAAUGAGUUAGGAAACCUGUUAUGGAUGAUAAUAAUGUGUUAGGG